CCCAAAAGGAGGAGAGGAGAGGGCGCAGGAGCCACCGGGUCCCUUGCUCAACAUGGGCCCCCCACAGCUGUGGCUGCUCCUGCUGCUAAGCAGUGGUGCUUUCACGCAAGAUGACGGGUCAGAAAGUGAAAAUUCAGCUUGUUCAAAAGACACAACCAGAUUUAAACACCUUAAAAAUUAUGCCUUCAACUAUGAAGCAGAAAUAACAAGUGGAGUGUCAGGAACAGAUUCACAGACUGGCUCCAAAAUUAUCUGCAAGGUUGACCUGGAGGUCCCACAACUCUGCAAUUUCGUGAUGAAGAUAAGCCAGUGUAGCCUCCGAGAAGUGUCAGGUAUUGGCCCUGACAGAAAGGCUUUCUUAAAGAAGUCAAGGAACUCCGAUGAGUUUGCUGUUGCCAUGUCCCAGUAUGAGCUGAAAUUCAGUGUUCAAGAUGGGAAGAAGGUCCAGUUAUAUCCUGAGGAGAAUGAACCUGUACACAUACUUAACCUCAAGCGAGGCAUCAUCUCGGCUCUUAUAGUGCCAAUGGAGACAGAAGACAAUGUCCGUACACUUUCUAUGGAUACUAUAUAUGGGAAAUGUGACAGUGACAUUGAAGUAGAAUCCAGGAAAGGCAACACAGCCGCAGGAAUUACGAUCAGAAGAAACCUGAAAUCCUGCGAUAACUUCAACCCCAUCAGAAACUAUGUCAGUCCAGUUGCUCUCAUUAAAGGCUUGAAUGUGCCAUUAUCCACUUUGAUAAGCAGCAAUCAGCACUGCAAGUACAGCAUCGACGCAAAGAAAAAACAUGUUGUUGAGGCAGUCUGCUCUGAAAAACACCUGUUUCUGCCAGCAUCAUACAAAAAUCAAUAUGGCAUGAUGGCACAAGUCACGCAAACUUUGAAACUCGAAGACAACCCCAAAAUCAACCACAGAGAUAUGGAUGUUUCGGGCCUGCCGAAGAAAGGACUAUCUUUAGAGGGCACGGAGACCAAAUCUUCCAGGCAUGGUGAUGCUGUUUUGAGGGUCCUCCAGGAGCUGCAGAAACUUUCGAUCUCCGAGCAGAAUCAGAAAAGAGCUGCCCUCUUCUAUAGAUUUGUAACUGGACUGAGGGGCUUACACAAUAGUACUCUGAGUCCUCUUGUGCCAAAGUUGAUGGAAACUUCCAGUGCAGUCACAGUUCAGGCUCUGAUUCAGUGUGGUACCCCAGAGUGCUAUGGAGCUAUCCUUCAGAUACUGAGAACGGGUGGAGUUGAUCCACUUGUGGCAGAUGCUGUCACAUACAGCCUGGGGCUGCUGCCUUCUCCGUGUGCUAAAAGGAUACGAGAAAUCCUUAACAUGGCCCAGUAUAAUCCAAGCCGAGCAACUUUUUAUGCCCUGAGCCAUGCUGUCAACAGGUUCUACGAUGAGAAUCGGAUUAUAACAGAGGAAAUAAAUGAUGUUGCAAAUUUUAUGACGUCACUGAUUGGCGACAAAUGUCACGGCAAUGAUGAACUCACGUACCUGACUUUGAGGGCCAUCGGCAAUAUGGGACAAGUCAUAGAAGUCGCCAAACCUGAGGUGAAACAUUCUCUAAGAUCAUGUAUGGGAAAUAACGCUGCAUCAUCUGCAGUCCAGAAAGCAGCCAUCCAGGCACUGAGGAAAAUGACCAUCACUGAUGAGGACCAAGGGACGCUUGUUGGAAUUUUCCAGGAGGCUUCCAAUCCAGCUGAUGAACGUCUGACAGCUUAUCUCAUGCUGAUGAGAAACCCUUCCCAAAUGGACAUUUCCAAGGUUGUUAGAGCUCUUACAAAGGACAAAAAUGAACAAGUAAAAAGCUUUGUAGCAUCACACAUUGCCAACAUCUUGGAUUCUGAAGAAUUUGGCAUUGAAUCGCUAAAAGACAAAGUGCAGCAUGCUCUUAAAGGAGCCCAGGUUCCAACAGCGAAGGACUUCCAAAGAUUUUCACAAAAUUACCAGGUUUCCAAAACACUUUCGAUGCCAGGGUUAGAUCCAAUUUCAGCAACAUUGGAAGGGAAUCUGCUGUUUGAUUCUAAUAACUAUGUUCCUAAGGAAUCUAUGCUAAAAACAACUCUGCAAUUGUAUGGACUUAGGCCUGUGGAUAUUUUUGAGAUUGGCUUGGAUGGAAAAAACUUUGAGCCAACACUAGAAGCCCUAUUUGGACCGAAAGGGUUUUUCCCUGACAGCGCCAGCAAAGCUUUGUACUGGGUCGACGGCCAAGUGCCAGAGGACGUUUCCAAGGCACUCUUUGACUAUUUUGAAUACCCCAAAGAUGGAAAACGGGAUAAGGAUGUCAUGAAAGAAAUUGUGCUUAAUUUUGAGAAACUCAUCAAAGAUAUGGCUACCAGAGAAACUCCUGAAGCGACAGCCUUCCUCAGAAUUUUUGAAGAAGAGGUCGGCUACCUGAAACUCAGUGAUUUUAAGCUCUUGGGAAAUCUGGUCCUGAAAAGCUUUAAAACUUUGCAGAGCAUUCCUGAAAAGAUUGCCCAAGCCAUCUCAAAGGGGACAGGGAGAGAUUUAUUUCUCCACUACAUCUUCAUGGACAAUGAAUUUGAGCUGCCAACAGGCGCAGGAUUACAACUACAAUUCGCUUUAUCUGGAGUUGCCACCCCUGGAGCAAAACUUGAAAUGAAAAUUCUUCAAAAAAAUAUGCAAGUGGAACUCAUUGCUAAGCCAUCGGCAGCCAUUGAGUUUAUAAAUCACAUGGGUGUGAACAUCCCCGAGUUUGCUAGGAAUGGUGUUCAAAUGAACACCAAUCUAUACCACGAGUCCGGCAUCGAAGCCAAUCUUGCAGUGAGAGCUGGGCAGCUGAAGUUAAGCAUUCCUCCUCUAAAGGCUCCCAUAAAGCUCUUCAGCAUCAGCAAUGUCUUGAAUUUGGUCACCUCAACCCGAACUGAAGUGAUUCCCCCUUUGAUGAAGAACAGAGAGUCCCGAAGGUCAUGCAGUCCAUCCUUUGUUGGUCUUGCUGUCUGUACCAGUAUAGAAUAUUCCAAUGCCAGUACCACAGAAGCAGCACCCUACUUCCCUUUCACUGGAGAAGCUAGGUAUGAAAUUGAAAUACUGCCAACAGGGGAAGUAACAGAAUAUACUGCAAGUGCUAAUUAUGAAUUAAAGAAAGAAGGAAAAGAUUUGAUUGACACCUUGAAAUUCAUUGCUCAAGCAGAAGGUAUAAAAGAUUGUGAAGCCACGCUGACCUUCAGAUACAACCGAGGCAGAAGGAUUUUCACCAGUGACUUCCAGGUUCCCAGUUUCAAUAUUGAUUUUGGUACCAACUUCAGACUUACUGAUGAAUCCAGUCAGGAAAGGAACGCGUACACAUUUAUUUUAGACAUCAACAACAAGAAAAUUCCUGAAGUUACUCUUACAGGACGUCUAGGAUACACUGAUGGAAGAGAGUCAAUGGUGGGAGCCGUGAUCUCUAUUCCUCGCCUGCUGACUCAAGCUAGAACGGAAGCAUUGCUUCAACACUCAUUUAAUGGGAUAAUGCUUCAGAUCGAUUCUUCGGCCACAGCUUACGGUUCCUCCAUUUCAGAAAGAAUUGUCUUUAGAUACGACGAUGAAAAAGUUGAUGUGCAGUGGAAUUCAGGCUCCAGUGCUGCCCUGAAGAAAAUGUCAGCCAACAUACCUGUUGACUUUGGGGAUUAUUCAAAGGCUUUGCAGAAGCGUGUCAAUGAACUAUUGGAUCACAAAGUAGACUAUUCAGAUAUGACCCUCCGACAUAUUUUUUCAGGCUUAAUAGUAGCAACCAAUACCUGGCUGCAACAAGCAUCCAGGAAUGUUCCUUAUGCCCAAACUCUGCAGGAUAAAUUAAACGGACUUAAGAAGCUAAAUUUUCAGAAUCUGCCCCUUCUCACCAUUCCUGAAGAAAUUUUCUUGAACAGCGAUGGGCAGUUUAAAUACAUUUGGAACAAGGAGAGCACGACCAUUACUGUCCCACUGCCAUUUGGUGGCAGAUCAUCCUAUGACAUGAGGGUACCCAAGACUGUAACGACACCUCAGCUGGUAAUGCAGCCACUGGCAAUCAACAUGCCAUCACAAGAGUACAGGAUUCCACCAUUUACCAUCCCCAAAUCCUACACAGUCCGCGUCCCUUUGCUGGGCACUUUUGAGAUAUCUUCCAACGUGUACAGCAAUUUCUACAACUGGUCGGCCUCCUACUCCUUGGCUAACAACACAAAAGAGACAAACAGCCUGAGAACAAACUACCACAUAAGAGCGGACUCUGUUUUGGAACUACUUUCUUAUAAUAUACAAGGUCAAGGAGAAGCAAGUUAUGACCAAAACAUGUUCACCUGCACUUAUGUAAGCUCCAUGCAGCACCAACUGCUCAAUUCCAAUUUUAAAGUCAACCGGGCAAACACGUUUGGACUCACUCCCAGUACCAGAAAUACCAUUUGGCUUGAGACUUCUACUCCACUGGGUGCCCAGUUUUCCCUUUCUGCUAACGAAGACUCCAAACUCAGUAACAACUUGUUCACCGAAAAUCUAAAACUGGAAGGGCAACUGAAAGUCGCUUCAGCCUUUGCAAAAACCACAUACACACUGUCAAGCAACUUUGAUGUAAACAACUUUGUGUUGGCAGGGGAAUCAGAUUUGAAAUUUGACUCUUCCUACCUUCAGGCUAACAACAAGAUGACUGGCAGGAGAACUGAUGAUGCAUGGACUAUCACAUCAGUCUCAAAUGUACAGAAUGGAUUUCUUACUAACACCGCAUCCUUGAAGUAUGAAAACAGCCAACUGAAGUUGACGUCCGAGACAACUGGAAACCAUAGAAACUUGGCAGCUCUAAACAAGUUUGAAUUAGCCAUUGCGAAGCAAGGGGCUUCAUUUCACUCUGAGUAUCAGGCCACUUACAUACAAAACCGAUACUACACCCGGCUUUUGGGCUCCCUUAAUAGCCAAGGUCUUGAGCUGAUUGGAGAUGUGUCUGCAAAUGGCGAAAGAAACAAAGCAGCUCAUAAAUGCUCAUUAACUAUUAACCGGGACGGCCUGGCCAGCAGUGCCACCACAAACUUGCUGUUUAGCCCGCUGACACUAGAGAAUAAAAUGAAUGCCCAGGUUGGCACUGCAGGAACUACCAUGGUGAUAAACACUAUUGGACACUACGGGAAACACAAUGUAAAAUUUGACCUGGAAGGAAGAGCAGCUCUUCGGGAAAUAAUGCUUGGAAGUGCCUAUCAAAGCAGUCUUUGGGAUGUGGACAGCAAGAAUGUCUUAAAUUUCAGAGUGAAUAAAGAAGGGCUCAAGUUUUCAAAUAGCUUGAUUGGCUCAUACAAAGAAAUGAAGCUUGAACACACACACAGUCUGAACGUUGCAGGCCUGUCUUUAACUUAUGCUUCAGAUUUAGACAAUGCCAUCAGCCCAGACAAAUUUCAUAAACAUCAUUUUGACUUCCAGCUACAGCCCUACACUCUCACAGUCAACGUGAACAACAACUUCAAGUAUAGCAAUGCGGACAUAGCCAACAUUGCUCGGCUACAACUUGAGCCACUGAAGGUAAAUUUCGAUGGCAAUGUAAAAGGUGCUUAUAAAGCCGAUGAGGUGAAGCACACCUAUGCUUUCACGUAUGCGGAUCUAGCAGCAAACUUUAAGACAGAUACAGUCGCAAGCAUUCAAGGUGCAGCUCUUACCCACAGGUUUAAUCUGGAUGUAGCAGGACUCUCCUCUUCAGUCAGUAUCAACACAAACUGUGACUCAAGAUCCUUGAGAUUUUCCAAUGUAAUACGAUCUCUCGUGGCCCCAUUUACAGCUACUGUCGACAUGCAUACCAAUGGUGAUGGAAGUCUCUUGGUUAUGGGAGCUCAUACAGGACAGCUAUACAACAAAUUCCUCCUCAAAGUAGAACCUCUUGCUUUCACCUUUUCUCAUGAUUACAGGGGAGCCACCAUGCACAACUUAAAUUCGGGAAAGAAAUAUAGUACACUACUUGACAACAAAGUCAAUAUCCUUUUUACUCCAUCUGAACAAAGAAGUGCCUGGACACUAAAGAGUGAGCUGAACAAUAAUGUAUACACCCAAGAUCUUAGUGCUGUCAAUGAUGCCGGAAGGAUAGGUGUAGAAAUGCGAGGACAGACUUUGGUAGACCUUUCUGUAUUGGACUUCCCUAUUAGUGUGCCGUUUGUGAAUACUCAAAGAGUCAAUGUAAUUGACACACUGGGUCUAAGGGAAGUGGUGGCUAACCCUCAAGAAUUCAGCCUUGCUCUUUCUGUGAAUUAUGACAAGAAGACAGAUGUGCAUGUCAUCAAUCUGCCAUUUUUGGAAAAUCUGCCAGUUUUUUAUGAGAAGAUCAGGUUUUCCAUCUUAUCUGCACUGAAAUCUUUUCAGAAGACCCUGAAGAACAUCAAUAUUGAUCAGCAUGUGAGAAAAUACAGGGCAGCAUUAGAUAAGUUCCCCCAGAAAGUUAAUGACUAUGUGGAUUCAUUCAAUUUGGAAAGCAAAGUGAACAACCUAAAAGAGAAACUGGAUGCUUUCAUAAAGGAUUACGCCAUAGGAGUAGAUGACCUUCAACUUGCUUUGGAAAACGCCAAGAAUAAUCUUCAAGAAGCUUUGGCUCAGUUGCAAACUCUCCUGAUAGAAGCUGAAAGGUACAUCAGAGAGAACUACGAAGAGUAUGAUUUGAGGGGAGCUGUUGUGCAACUUAUUGAGAGAAUUGUUGAAAAAAUCAAAGUUAUUGAUAGACAAUACCAAAUCAGCACAAAAACAAUUGACACUAUUCAGCAGCUACAGACGGCCAUUUCUCAGUUUGACACCAGUAAUAUCGGAAGCAGUGCUGUAGCUUGGGUUCAGAAUAUGGAUGCUGAGUAUCAAAUCAAAGCUCGUGUGCAGGAUAAACUAGAAGAACUCAAAAGUCAGAUUGAAAGUUUUGAUGUAAAGCGUGUUGCAGAUAAUCUGAAGCAGCAGAUAGAAACAAUUGACCUCAAGCUACUUAUAGAAAAACUACAAGUGUCCUAUCCAGUUCAAAAACUGAACCAGAUUCUUGAACAAGUCAAAGACAUUCUUCUAAAUUUUAUGGAGGAUUAUGAGAUUGCUGAGAAGAUCAAUGUACUCCAAGGUAAAAUCCAUGAACUGAUGAUAAACUAUAAAGUGGAUCAGCAGGCCAAAGUUCUAUUGGACAAACUCAUAGAAGUUUCUAACCAACAUAAAGUCAAAGAAACAGUUCAGAAAUUAACCCUUACAUUGAGAAAACUUGACAUAAAAUUAUUCUUCAAUCAAAUCGUGAAAUGGAUUGAUGAUGCUGUCAAACAGCUCCAAACAUUUGAUUACAAAAAUCUGGUGGACGAAGUCAACAAAUUUCUCGAUGGCGUUAUAAAGAAGCUGAGGCAUUUCGAUUAUAACAACUUUGUAGAUGAAACAAACAACAAAAUCCGGGAACUGACAAACAAGAUCAAUGAGGAAAUCAGAACCUUAGAACUGCCACAGAAAGUGGAAGCAGCAAAACAGUAUAUCAGAGAUGUUACUGUUGUGGUUUUACAGUAUGCAGAGAAAUUGAAAGAAACUAGACUUGCAAUAAUAGGUGACUGGUUCAAGGAUCUCCUAAGCUCUACAGCAUUACAGGAGCUUAAAACUAAGAUGGAUGAUUAUCUGGCAGAUUUCCGUGAUAGAAUUUAUCAAAUGGAUGUCCCAAAGGAAUGCCAGAGGUAUCUCGAGAAGGCAAGCCAAUUGUACAAUACAAUAGUCACCUACAUAAUUCAUCAAUGGCAAGCUGCCUCAGAUAAGAUUACCCAUUUGGCUGAAAAAUAUAACAUUAAAAAUAUGGCUGAUAAUUUGAACCAGUUUGUUGAAUCUGGUUUUAUGGUCCCUGAAAUCAGAACAGGGAUAAUCAACAUACCUGCCUUCGAAGUCAGCCUCCGAGCCCUACGGGAAGCAACAUUUCACACACCAGGUUUUAUGGUUCCACUAACUGACCUACGUGUUCCCUCAUAUCAGAUAAACUUCAAGAAGUUGAAGGAAAUCAGAAUUCCAAUCAGAUUUACUACUCCUGAAUUUACCAUAUUAAAUGCCUUUAAGAUUCCUUCUUAUACUAUUGAUUUGAAUGAAAUCAAAGUGAAGAUUGUGAAGAUGAUAGAUCAGAUUAUUUCAAGUGACUUUCAGCUGCCAGAAGCUGGUGUAUAUUUCAAAGAUCUAAGGAUGAAAGACAUGCCCUUUUCUGAUUUUUCUUUCCCGGAAAUGAAUUUGCCUGAGCUACAAGUACCUGAAUUUGUGAUCCCAAAGCUAAAUCUCAAUGAAUUCCAGUUCCCAGAGAUACAGAUACCAGAAUUCCAGCUGCCACGUAUUCCACACACUGUGACUGUCCCAGUAUUUGGCCAUCUGUCUGGUACUUUCAAAGCAGUCUCUCCCUUCAUUACAUUGAAUACUAAAGCUGACUUACAAAAUAUUACAGUUUUUGCCCACAGCCCAGAAUUUGUGGCCUCUGCCUCAGCUACAGCAACAUCCAAAUUCAACUAUCUCGAUUUCAGCAUCACGGCAGACGCUCGGCUCUCAGCUCCUGAGAUGAAACAGCUAAUGUUAAAAGAGACUUUGAAGGUCUCCCACUUGUAUCUGAAAGCUGAUCAUAAUGGUGAAAUGAUAUUUUUGAGGACUUCUGCUCAAGGUAAUACUGAAACAACAGUGGGCCUGCACAUCUCCCAAAAUACUGUCGAUCUGCACAACAAGUUAACAAUCAGCCUGCAAAAGAAGAUUUCCAUGGAGAGCCAAUCAAGAUACACACACAGGUUAAAUAUUCCUAAUGCCUAUUUCACCAGCCAAGCUGUACUAAGCAAUGAAAUAAAAACAGAAUUAGAAGCAGGACGGAUAAUAGUUACUUCUACUGGUAACGGUAAUUGGAAAUGGAAUUCUCUUGAUUACUCUGAUGAAGGAACCCAUGAUUCAAGUGUCAGCUUCACCGUAGGAGGCCCUGUAGCUGCACUUGUAGCUGAAAACAGAGUGAAUGAUAAGUACUUGAAAGUCAAUCAAAGACUGAGGUAUGAGUACAGCUUACCAAGUUUUGCAAGCCUUCAGGUUGCAUCUACAGUGGAAUCUCCACAACUAGGACUUAGUAUCUUAAAUGUACAAGGCACAGGAGAUCUUGCAAAGAUGAAAACAGAACUCAGUGGCACACACAAUCUGAGACUGAAUGGCCGCGUCUCUGGAACUGUAAACAACAACGUAGCCUUCUUGGUGCAGCCCUUUGAAAUUAGACUAUCAACAGUAAAUGAAGGGAAUGUAAAAGUUAGCUUCCCACUAACACUAGUUGGCAAAAUUGACUUCCGGAAUAACUAUGGCCUGCUGCUGAGUCCUUCUGGUCAACAAGUCAGCUGGGUAGCUGACGGUAGAUUUAACCACUACAGAUACGCCCAUAACAUCUCUGCAGGUAACAAUGAAGACAGUGUAGAAGCGUCCGUGUCCAUGAGUGGCGAUGCUAACUUGGACUUCCUUAAUGUCGCUGUCUCCAUUCCUGAAAUCUCUGUUCCCUAUAUUGAUGUUAGGACACCUCGAGUAGUAAGAUAUUCACUGUGGGAAGAAACAGGCUUGAAGAAUUUGCUGAAGACCACAAAACAAUCAUUUGAUUUAAACCUGAAAGCUCAGUACAAAAAGAACAAGGAUAGGCACUCAUUUGCAAUUCCUUUAGAUGGAGUACAGCGAGCUCUCCAGCAGUACAUUGCAACCUUCAACAAACAUUUUGAGAGAGGUAGGGACGAUGCUUUGGCUUUCCUUACUGAUUCAUAUAACCAAGCCAGGACAAAGUUCGACCAGUACAAAGUGGAUACUUCCAUCGACAGUCGUCCACGAACCUUCAGGAUCCCAGGGUACAUUAUUCCAUAUGUAAACAUUGAAGUCUCUCCUUUUACAGCUGAGAUCCCAGCUUUUGGCUAUGUGAUCCCAAAAGAAAUGAGUACCCCAAGUUUUACUAUGCCACUUGUUGGAUUCUCAGUGCCAUCGUAUACGUUAGUCCUCCCAUCACUAGAGCUACCUGUCCUACAUAUCCCACAAGGCCUGCGGACACUUAAGCUUCCCAGCUACCGAGCACACAAGCCAUUCAACAGAAUUGACAUUCCUGCCUUGGGAAACAUAACUUACGAUUUUUCAUUUAAAUCCAGUGUUAUUACCCUGAACACCAAUGCUGGGUUUUUCAAUCAAUCUGAUCUCAUCAUCGCUCGCUUGAGUUCAUCAUCUACUUCCGUGAUAGAGGCGCUACAGUAUAAAUUGGAUGGGACAACCAGUCUCACACGGCAAAGGGGGUUGAAGCUUGCAACGGCAUUAUCCAUGAACAAUAAAUUUAUACAAGGAAACCAUGACAGCACAAUCAGUUUUGUAAGGAGAAACAUAGAAGCUGCAGUGACGACGACAACAAAAAUUAACACACCAAGCUUAAAAUUGAAUUUUGGGCAGGAGCUUAAGGGAAACACUAAAUCUAAGCCUACUAUCUCUUCAGCUAUUAAUGUAAAUUAUGUUUUUGAUAUGCCUACCAUUGGCACUAAUGCUAAAGGAGCAAUUGACAACAAGUUCACCGCAGAAAGCAUGACAUCCGACUUUUCUAUAGAAACUUCAACCAAUGGAUUCAUUGAUGGAGUAUUUCACAAGGUAAAAACAUUUUCUGGAAAGUUGCUUCUGGAAGCAAAUGCUUUCUUAAAUGCUAACGGUGUUCGCUCAGGUGGCAAGCUUGAGUCUAACUCUAAAAUGGAUGGAAUCUGGAAUCUUAAUGUCAACAAUAAUAUUGCUGUUGAAGCAUCUGCCCGUCGUUUUUACAUAGUACUGGACAACAGCAAAGAAUACUCUCUACAUUAUCUUCCUGUAUUUGAACUGAAUGGAAAGGACGGUUGCAAACUAACUUCAGAAGUAACUCCUGAGAGUAUGUCAACAAUCAUUCAAACAGAUAUUUCCCAGAUAAAUAAUAUCCUUCCUCAGACAGCAGUUAAUCAAGUUCUUUUAAUAACUGUCAGUUCUGAAUUUCAGAAAAUUGGUUGGGAGGGUGAAGGCCAAGUUCUCCGUCUCAUGCUUGGACAUGACUUGCAGUUAGCAAAUGACAAAACAGAAGCUCGAUUUGAUCUUUCUGGGUUUUUGGGAGGACAUGUGGAUUUCCUGAAACGUAUCAUGCUGCCAGUUUAUGACAGGAGUUUAUGGGAUAUCUUGGAAUUAGAUGUCACCACUAGAGCUGAAGAGAAGCAAUACCUAAAUGCAUCAACUGCCAUAAUAUACACAAAAGAUGAAGAGGGAUAUUUUUUCCCGAUAAAUGUGAAUAGAUGGGCAGAUGGAUAUACGCUUACAAUUCCAGAAAUAGUUGUAAAUUUGAAUGCUGUUGUGAACAAGAUAGCUGAUUUUGAUCUGCCAACAAUUGCGAUUCCUGAGCAGGGGAUUGAAAUCCCAUCUUUCAAAGGUUUUUUGCCGGCUGGAAUUUACUUUCCCAGAUUCAGAGCUUUGAGUAGUAAUUUCAGAGUUGCUUCACCAGUGUACAGCUCCACCUGGAACUUGUGCUUCAAAAACAAAGAAGGCUCUUUCGAACAGUCCAUUGAUUUCUCUGCUAAUUCACCUCUGCAGUUUCUGGAGUAUGACCUAGAUGCUUUGACCACCUACACUUAUGAAAACGGCACCUACAUUGAAGUGACUCAAGGCACUUUGUCACAUAGAGAUCUGAGCGCGGAAUAUAAAUUCGUUUAUAGAAUGCCAGGAUUCAGCAUCCCUCACUACACAGCGUCCGUGGACAUCACCAGCCCAACAUUCACUGAUGCCCAAGUGCGGUUCGAAGGACAGAGCGCUGGAAUUUAUUCUUCAGUAGCUUCCUCUUCCGCUGGGACCCUCGGAUUUGUUAUCAGCAGAGACUCUGACACCAUCAAGGGAAAACUUUUCUACCGAACUCAGCCUGACCCUCUGAACGAUGUUGACAUUGUUAAAAGUGAGAUAUCAUUCAAAAACCCGGAUCUGAUUCAACUCAAAGCCAACUGGAAAGAGGAUGCUGCCACAGACUUGCUCCUCAGCCUAAAAGAGAAAGUACCUAAAAUGGCUGAUGCCAUGUACAAGAGCGUUAAUAAGUAUCAUCGCCAGCAUAUGGGAAUGGACAUCAACACUGCUGCUUUAAAGCUGAAGGAGAAACUGAAAAAUAAUGCUGACAAGGCUUACAGAGGAAGUUUAAGAAGUAUCAAUGAACUUGAACACAGGCUUCAAGAAGUCACUGAUCAAGCCACUGGGAAGUAUGAAGAUAUAAGGAUAAAAACCAUAAAGCUGUAUCAAGAAGCAGCAGAUCAAGCUGUUCAGUUGGACUAUGACCGAAUAAGAACCACCGUUUUUGAUACCAUAAUGAAUUUAAUACAGGAAUACCAGAAAAGGGUGAAGCGUCUUAUUGACUCUGCUAUUGAAUUCUUGAAGGAAACAAAGUUCCAGAUGCCAGGGCUGGCCAAGAAGCACACUGGGGAAGAACUCUAUAUGAUGGCCACUGCAAAAUUAGCAGAAGUUACCGACCUCUGCAUUUCAAUGGUGCAAGAGCAAUUUGAUGCUUUUAUUAAGUAUGUCAAUGAGCUAGAGGUUACAAUUCCUACCUCCAGCAAAAUAAUCAGAGGUAGUAAUAUACUUAAUGAAAUUAAAAUAUUUCUAACACACAUACAAAAGAAAGCCAGUCAGAUAUUUGUCGGACUCCGAGAGAUCGAUUUUGCAGAAAAGUUGAGAGAGCUGAAAGAAUUAGUUCAACAAAUCUUCCAAAAGGCAGAAGAGCUUCUCAGAAAUUUACAGUCCCAAAAUUAUGAAUAUAUAAUCGCCCAGGCAAAAUUAUUAUCCACAAACGCCUUAGAAAAGCUGAAGAGCUUUGCAGAGGAUGUAAAAUACUUGCUUCCUCGCUACGUUAACAUUCUCCAGAAUGACUUGCAGAGCAUUAUCUCAAAGCUUGAAGAAUAUCUGCAAUAUGUGAGGGACCUGCGGCAGGAAUAUUUCGACCCAAAUGUAGCUGGAUGGUCUGUCAAAUACUAUGAAGCGGAGGACAAGGUGAUUGCUUGGCUGAAGAGUCUUGCCAAUGCUGUAUUGGAGUGGAAUGCCAAAUAUAUCGGAGACGCUGCUGAGUUUGUGUCACACGUCACAGAUCAAGUGCAAGAAUUUGUGGCGAACCAUGGAGAUGUCACCAAGCUCUCAAAAUCUGCUCGUGACAAUAUCCAGUAUUGGGCAGAGUCUGCUAAGAGAAGUGCUGUUGAGCAAAACCAGGAGGUCAAAGCAAAGCUGCAGGAGGCCUAUGAGAACUUUAGCGAGUCCUAUGAAAGAUUGAUCGCUGAAACCACAAAAUUGAUUGACCUGGUGAUAGAAAAUUACACCGCGUUCCUCCAGUACCUCAAAGAGCUUCUUGACCAGUUUGAGCAAGCGACAACUGAUACGCUGAGGCCAUACAUACUUGUUCGGCAAGGAGAGCUUAGAAUUGACAUCCCAAAGCCCUUCGAUUUUCUGUCCGCUUAUCAGCCACCCCAGUUUAGUGAGGAAGAGUUCAGAAAAAAGGUAGAAUUAGCACACAAACUGAUUCAACAAGGCAUUGAUCAAAGUAGCAAGAAAUGGGAGGAACUGCAGAGAUUCCUUGAUCAACAAAUUGUUGCCAAUCCACAGAGGAAGGAAAAUGUAUAGAGACAUGUCCAACCUUGAUCAGACAAAGAAAGUAAAGAUCGUGCAGGUUCUUAUCUUGCCACACUUAAAGCCAACAGCAAUUGUCCGUUUCUAGGGGGGAACAUCAAGAAGUUAUGCUCUGAAUUGGUGUUUGUAAAUGAAAACCAAUAGUAAUCUGCAGGUUAGCUUAAUGCUCUACAAAAGCCAAUAAAUGAAUUCUUUAUGACAUUCCAGUGUCCUUUAUUAAAAAAACAGUUUUCUUUUAGGUCAUAGAUUGUGAUGCAGUGUUCUUACCUGUGGAAGGUCUGAGCUGUGGCUAGAUUCAAAGGACAGAAAGCCUGUUCCUUGUGAUGCAAUAUAUUUUGUAAAAUGUCUCAGUGCAAGGUGAGAACUAUAUGGAUUCAGAAGUAGCCUAUAACAUAAAGGUCAUCUUAGAGCCUGUGAAGGAAUGUCUGUGGAUUAUAAAUAAUUUUUGAAUGGACACAGUAAUAAGUAUAGCCACAUCCUUAGGCAUUGAGUUAUGAGGGGAAUAGGUUAGAGGGUAAGAGCUGGGUGGGAAUCUGUAUACUCUAUAAACCAAAAAAAAAUCACAAGAACAAAGUUAUUAAAACAGAAUGCUGCUUUUUCAGCCUGAAAUUAGUCUUUAGCCAAAAUAAACCAAAGAUCAACCAUUUCAUUUUCUUUCUCAAAAAAGUCAGUAUUUUAUGACUUUCUCAACAGUUUCCUCCUCCUUUUACCUGUCACUGUCAAAUGUUUCCUCUUGAUCCAAUCCAAAGUCAAGCGCUGCCUUAGGCCAAGGUCGUCUGUCUUUUGCUGAAGUAUUCCCCUCUGCCGUUGUGUUUCCUUCACAGGUGUUGGGUGGCUGGGCGGGAUGUUGAACAAGUGCAAUGCCUCUUGCUAUUGGAGGAACAUAGCAAGAGAAUAUACCCCUUUCCAACCUUUUCUCUUCUGCUCAACUAUGAAGUCACAGGAGCUCAUCUUGGGCCAGCUGUUGGCAAUCUUGCAGAAGGCCCCGAUUUAGAUUGAUAUUUAAUCUUUGUAUCUGAAAGCAAAAUAUCUGGGCCUACUAAUUUAUUUUGUUUUAUAUUUCACUGUUCGGAUGCUCUGUACAUAUUAGGGAAAGGACCUGGAAGGUUCAAAGUAACGAGUGUUCCCCAUGUCUUUAUCAAAAUAAACACUUUUUGCAAUGUCA